AAAUAGUAUGCAAAGAUAUAUAGCAAUGAAGGUCUCAGCAUGCAGCUGCCAGCAGCGGGGAUCCUUCAACAAAACAUUAAGCAUAGUCACAUGAUCUGAUGCGUGCAUUGGAAAUUUAAAAAAGGCAACAUGCUGUAAAAAAAUACGAGACAGACCAGUGAAAAAUAAAAUCAAUCACAGAGCUUUAUUUAACCAGUUUGACAUAUCUAGGAAAUAAGAAACUGAUUCAAUAAAUUCUAGUUUAUAUCUUCGCCGUGCUAUUUUAAAACAAGCAAGAUUGAUGUGCGAAAACAUGUUAAAGAUAUGCGCUGUUGCAUUGGUGGUUAUAUUGAGUUUAACAAAUGAAAAGGUUGAUGGAACCUACUCAUUGAAUCUUCAAUCAUGGCACUGCGGUCUUAACUACAAGACACCACGUGACUAUAAUUUGGGCCAUAAAUUUCCAUUUGGGUUUUGCUUUAAAGACCCAUCUCAGUUUUGUUUUAAUCAUGCAGUGACAAUGAACGGCUGUAAACAGUACAAUAACAUGGGUUUAUAUUGCUGCAUUAUGGAGAAUGUAAAUGAAAAAUAUUUCCACUCAAGAAAAUAUAACCGUACAGAAGUUCACACGUGGCUUACUAAAGACAAGUUUCUAUCCAUAACGUCACUUUUUAAAAGAAACAUUGUCAUGUACAAAUUUCUAAUUAUGGACAUUGCAAUAGCUAACAUUGAUACAAAAGAAGAAUUGGCUGCAUUCCUCUCCAUUGUAUUUCUUGACACACACUUUCUGACCAAUAUGGAAGAACAUUUGCCAGCAGAUAUAGCGAAGAAUGUUACAAAGCAUGGUGAAAAUGAUGACAUCAAGUUUAUUGGGCGUGGUGCAAUACAUGUGAAAGGAAGAAAGUUCUACCAAUGGAUAAGCCCAAAGUUAAACAAGCUUUUACGAAAAGAAGGAAAACACAAUUUGACAUUAAUAAACGCCGUUGAGGCGCCGGAAGUAUUACUUUUUCCAACAUUUGCGUUCCGAACUGCUGCAUAUAUCUGGGGUGAAAGUUAUUCUUAUGUUAAAGGGAAACCAUUGGGUAAAUUAUAUAAAAGGCUAGCUGUUGGAAGCUUGGAAAAUAUGGUCAAGAUAUUACAUCAUUUAAAAAAUGAUACCAAAGAACUGCCAGCUCUGUUAAACAUAUGGCAAAGAGUUAGAAAGGUUUUAAAUUGUCCUGGCAAAAUCAAAACAGAUGAAAAAAGACAAGGAUCGUACCGUUGCCUAUAUGAACAACAAUGUCGCAGUGGAAUAUUGACUGAAGACGAUACUUUUUGCAACACGGGUGGAUAUCCAGAGAAGAAGCUUUGCUUAGAGCACACAAAGGAUCUUCUUGUUGUGUUAUUGUUCUAUCCAGAUUUUCCGCAAAAUCAACACAAAAGCAAGGUUGAAGCUUUUGUUUCAAACAUCUUUGCAAAUUAUACCCGUCAAUCAAACAUCAAAGUUGCUUUUUCCAUCGAUGGUUCAUGUUCGAUUAGCAGAGCCUUUUCAAAACCAUCAAAAUUGUAUCAGUUUCUUCGUACAAUGCCAAACUCGUUACCGAUAAAACUAUCCACAAUGAUCAACGCUACUGUAAAAACGUUAAAGGAAAGUCGACGAAGAAAAAACCAUCACGAAAAGAAAUACAUUAUCGCCAUAGUAUCAGACAAAGAGAAAGUAUUCUCUGAUGAAACUUUGGGACAGAUAAAUAAUGCUGAAGAUGAGAACAUCCACGUUUAUUCUCUAUUUGCAGAACACGAUAAACAUUUUUAUAGAAUGGAUAAUAACCAUACCAUGUCUCUGCAAAGUCGUCAGUUAAACCUAAAUCGAGAUGAUAUUAUUGAGAGGCUGUGCAAUGAUCCUUCCUUUAUACCAACGGACAUGCCGACACUGAUUCGCUUGAAACAAAGAGAAAAACAUACCUAUGUUAUCAAAGUAAAAGACUAUCUGACAAAAGAAGGAAAGAAGAAUGUAAUGAUCUACAUAAGAAAUUUGAAAGGAAAAAUGACACAUCAAUUUGGAAAAAUGAACUGGCCCUUACCUUUUGACAAUGAUGUGUCAUACGAUGGAGUACACACUGUGAGAAAAUCGCUUCAAAUGCAUGAUACAUACGCACGCUUUGAAGGUGAUCCAUAUACAAUCAAAAUGAAGUAUUCAUCAGAAAAUAAAAUAUAUGCAUACAAACCAGAUUCGUAUGAUGUGUAUAUACUGCUUGAAGGUGUCGAAGCAGAUAAUCUAGUCGAACUAUUUCUCACAAAAGUUGAGUUUGAUAAAGUUGAAAUCCAGAAACUACCAAACCCUUUAAAAGUGAGUUACAUGAUAUCGAUUUGUUUUCUCACAAUGUUGGUGUUUACUUUUGUGCGACACAGUUUAGCUUUAGUCACAAGACUGAUAGACGGUAUCCGACGGAUGGCCAGUCAAACAGAUGACGCGUCAUGUCACUCAAAAGAAACAAAAUGCAAAUGGUGUUACCGCAGGUUAUCAGAUGAUAAAGCGUAUUUGAUGCUGUAUAAUAGGGAAAAUGGUACAGUAGACACUGAAUAUAUUCGACGCAAUUUAUUCCUAACAGAACCUAUACGAAUGGAGAAAACACUGGAUAAAUGUAUGGUCUGUCUAAAUGGAUUGGACUUCGUCUUCGUCAGUUCAAUUCACUUUCUGAGAAUAAUAAUGUUAAUUAUUAUGGAAAGUAUUAUUUUCGCUGGGAUUUAUCGAGUGGAUAUGCAGACUCACUGCAAUGUUUCUUCUGGCUUUCUGACGUUUUUUAUUCAAAUGGUCAUUUUACUAUGCACUAAUGAAAUGUUAUACUAUUGUGGAUGGAGAGAGAUGGCUAAAAAUAAAAAAUGGUGGAGUACAAUGACUGGAUUUUGCAUUGCAUUUUCAAUUACCAUUGAAUCAACACGAGAUACGCAUAAAAGAAGUUGCUGGCCACUUUCAAACGACAUUCCGGGAUAUGUUACAUUGGCUUGCGUUUUGAUGCUGACAAUGGUUUUCUUUAUCCUGAGUAUCUACUAUAUUUGGAAUAAUGACAAGCGCUGUUCAACCAUAACAUAUUACUGUCUGAUGCUGAUUUUAUUGAUGAUAUUCUUGUUGGCUGUAAUCUUGGUGCAAAAAGAAUCUCUUGAAAAUCCACAUAAAUUUGCAACCGUUUUGUCCUUCUCAAUUUUAAAUUGUUUUACAAUGUUGUUGGCAUUCAAUUUUACACUGGCAGUUCAAGCAAAGGCACAAAAUUCUUGUACGAGCAGUAAGCUCACACUUGCCUCAAACGAGUUUUUAAAAAGCAACAUCAAAACACAACAACAGCAGUUUGACAAAGCAUUAGAUGAGGCAGCAGACGAAGAAAAAUGCAACCGAAGAAGCAGUUUUAUUUUAACAAACAAAGAUCAAUCGAAACAGUCCCUGAAAAAACUUUCUAUUUUACCAUCGAAGCCCCCUUCAUACACAUCUCACGCACCAAAUGAAAUGAAUUCCAUUAGUUUACCUAACUAUACAAUACAAUCAGUGUUAUGUAGUUCGAACUCAUCCAUAUGCAACGAAUUGGAAAAUGACAUCUGCAAUGACGUUGAAAUCAUCGUUCGGAAACGUCCGCGGAGCGCAUCUGCAACAGUCCAUGAUGCGAAAUACUUAGACGCUCCAAAUGAUAUGCUGCAGUCAAAAUCUGCUGAACUUUAUAAACGUGCGAAACUUCAGCGUGAGGCCAGUGACAAUGAAACAUAUACAUUUGUCACACGCACACCACCUGUUAUUGAAAUACAUCAUGGUUCUGAUGCAGAGUAAGCGUGGAGUUACAUCUUUAACUUAAUUCCAGAAUAUGACGUUGGGAUAUUUGUCGUAAUUUAUUUAGAGCAAAAAGCAACGAAGUGCUAACGAGCUAAUUAAUAUAAGUAUCUCAUUUGUUGGAAUAUGUGAUUUCAAAACUAUUUUUAACGGUGGAUGAAAAAUAUGUGUGUAUCAGAGAUAUAUUCCAGAAAAAAUAAAGCGUCGCAUUGCAUAUCAGAAAA